AUGACACGGGCAGGCAGAUUCGUGACAUCACAGCCACCUCUCGUGCAGAAAUUCGCCUUCUCGUCGGCCGCGGACCAACGGAUCAUCUCCGAACAGCGGAUCAAGGAGCUGGAGGAGCUCUUGGGCAAGAAGGCAGAGGAGAGCGAGAAGCUGGCGACAGAGAGCCAGCGCAUCAACGAGGAGCAAGAGCAGGUUCGUCGUGACGUUGCGGAGCUGGAGCAGCAGAGCCGAUCAUUUCUGGAGGAGCGUGGACGGAAGACCAACGAAGAACCGGAGCAACACUGGGAGCCCUGA